AUGAACGACAACCUCAUCCUACGAAGAGAGCUUCUCCCUUACAAAGGCGACUUCUAUCUUUGGAGCUAUGUACCCUCGAUACCGGCUGCCGUUAUCUUCAUCAUCGUGUUCCUUGUACUCUCUAUGGUCCAUACCUGGAAGAUGGUUCAGAACCGAUUAUGGUUCUGCAUUCCCUUUGUGGUUGGGGGUUACCUCGAAGUUAUUGGAUUUAUUGGUAGAGCCAUGGCUAACAAGGCGACUGAUCAACUCGGACCUUACAUCAUCCAGUCUGUCUUCCUACUUAUCCCCCCCUCUCUUUUUGCCGCCUCGAUUUAUAUGACGCUCGGACGAAUUAUGCGCGGUCUUGGUCCCAAGGCGGAAAGCUACUCUAUCAUCCGAGUUAAGUGGCUUACGACUCUAUUUGUUAUGGGAGAUGUUUUCUCCUUCUUGGUUCAAAGUUCUGGAGCUGGAAUGAUGGCCGCUGGCGAUGACCCCAAGAUGGGAGAAAAUAUUGUUAUCGGUGGUCUGGUCAUUCAAAUCCUCUUCUUUGGUCUCUUCGUUUUUGCAGCAGUCAUUUUUCAUCUCCGUUAUCGAAGGAAUGGCAAAGGUUGGAGGGCCGUUGUUACCUCAAACACUGAAAAUGUCUUUGAAUGGGAAAGGAUGUUGAUGAUGUUGUAUGCCACUUCAGCCCUCAUCCUGAUCCGAUGCUUCUUCCGAAUUAUCGAGUACGUCUUGGGUUCCGACGCUUACCCAUUAAAGAAUGAGUGGACCUUGUAUAUCUUCGACUCUUUGCUCAUGGCUAUUACUAUGGCCAUCUUUUACGUCUGGUAUCCCUCUAGGAUUCAGGACUUCCAAGAGCUACGAAACAGGGAGAGUGCCGACCUCGCUUAUGUCACAGCUGAAGCGCACCUUAACCGAGAAAGAGAGGGCUGA